UGAUUUUAAAGGUGCGUUGGAUGACCAUAACGAAUAGUUUCUUGAGAGAGGUAAUCAACAAGUUUUCAGAUAUUCAGAGCUCUGUGAUUUCGCUUCCCAUGAAAGCAGGGAAGUUUUCGUGUUUGUGGGGCUAAAGAAGAUGGGUUCAAACUAUCUACGCUUGCUCUCUUACACUAAGCAAUUGAGCUUUUAUGCCAACCAUGGCAACCACGAGCAGGCUCUUACUCUUUUCCACCACAUGCAGGCUUCACUAGCCCUUGCUCUAGAUGCCCACGUCUUCUCUCUCGUUCUCAAGUCCUGCACCGCCAUCCGCCGACCCCAUUUGGGCACUGCCAUCCAUGCCCACGCUACUAAAUCCUCCCUCCUCUCAAGCCCAUUUGUUGCUUGUGCCCUAGUUGACAUGUAUGGCAAAUCCAUGUCCGUUUCACUCGCACGGAAGCUGUUCGAUGAAAUUCCUCAUAGAACUGUCGUCGCCUGGAAUGCCAUGUUAUCACUAUACACGCACUCAAACAUGUUACCUGAUGCUCUCCGGUUGUUUGAAGCUAUGGAUGUGCCCCCCAAUACUUCAUCCUUCAAUCCAAUAAUUGCAGGGUUGUUGGAUGAUGGAUUCAAGGCCAUUGCUUUCUAUCGCAAGAUGCAACAAUGUGGGUUGAAGCCUAAUUUAAUUACCCUUCUUGCUUUAUUACCUGCAAGUGUUGGAGUUGCGGCUUUGGACUUGAUUAAACAAAUUCAUGGUUUUGCCAUGAGAAAUGAUCUUGGUUGUCAUCCCCAGUUAAGCAGUGGCCUUGUUGAGGCCUAUGGGCGAUGCGGAUGUCUCAAUUAUGCACACAAUGUGUUCGAUAAAAUGCACGAAAGAGAUGUAGUCGCAUGCAGCAGUUUAAUAUCAGCAUACGCUCUUCAUGGGGAGGCUAGAACUGCUUUAAACAUAUUUCAACAAAUGGAAUUGUGUAAAGUGCAGCCUGAUGAGAUUACAUUCAUAGGAGUGUUGAAGGCUUGUAGUCACGUAGGGUUAGCUGAUGAAGCAUUGGAUUAUUUCAGUCGUAUGCAGAGAGAUUACGGUCUACAAGCAAGCAGCGACCAUUAUUCUUGUCUAGUAGAUGCAUUGAGCAGAGCAGGGAGAUUACACGAGGCAUAUGAGAUUAUCCGCGAGAUGCCAGUGAGGGUGACGGCUAAAGCUUGGGGCGCCCUCCUUGGGGCUUGUCGAAACUAUGGGGAGUUAGAGCUGGCGGAGAUAGCAGGGAAGGCUUUGUUUGAUAUAGAGCCUGAGAAUGCUGCCAAUUAUGUGCUGUUGGGUAAAAUGUAUGCAAGUGUAGGGAGGCAUGAGGAGGCUCAAAGACUGAGAAUGGAAAUGAAAGAGAGGAGAGUUAAGGCAGUACCUGGAAGUAGCUGGGUUGUUUAUCAGGAUUGAUUGAAGUGGUUUCUUUGUUCAUAGUUUCAGAGAGCCAGUGGUCAUGGUUAAGCAACUCAUUGGAAUGAGCUGAAUAGGUGCCAUGGUUAUCAAAUUCAUAUCAUUCCAAAGAACGCCAUUUGGAGAUCUCAGCAUGCGUUGGGAUUAGGGGAACUUACUUUAUAUUUGAAGGUUGAGGCUAGUUUUUAUUUGAUUUCUAGAUUAGUGGCUAAGGGUUGAAGGAUGUGAUGGUGUGUAUGUUCUUGGUGAUUGUGCCACCGUAAAUCCAAAGAAGAGUCAUGGUGAUUGCGUUUCAUUCUAUUUGCUUCA